AUGACCAGCGCCCUGUUGAAGGUGCUGUUUGUCGCCGUUGCCGUGUUUGCGGCCGGCGCAGCAGCAGAGGAGGAGCUCACUUGUAACUAUGGACCCCGCGCAGGCCUCACGGAGACGUUCAACUUUGUUUGCGUCGACACCUGCAUCGCCAUGCUCAACGAGUGCCUGCCAACCUGCACCAACGCCACCCUCUCUGGCGAGGAGAUGGCACAGUGUCGCGAGGAGUGCCAGAUGGACGCCAACCUCUGCUUCGACUCGUGCGACGCCACGACGACAACCACGACAACCACAACCACCUACACCUGCCCUCCCACCAGGACCUGCGUCUGCCUCGAUGGCUACGAGAGCUACGACACCGUCGACGGCGAUGGCUGCCCUGCGUGUGGCUGCCGCCCAGCGCUCUCCACCACCACAACCCGCGUCAUCACCACCACCACCACCACCACCCGCGUCAUCACCACCACCACAACGACGACGCGCUCCACAACCACAACUCGCUCAACCAGCACAACCACAGCCCCUCUCUGCGACUUCAACUCCCUCGAUGUCCUGUUCACCCUGGACGCAUCCGGUUCCGUCGGCGUCGACAACUUUGACAUUGCCAAGAACUUUGUUGCCGACUCGGUUGAACUCAUGGACGUGGAUCCCGACGUGAUUCGCGUUGCUGGCAUGAUGUUCCACGCCAACCCGCUGCCGCAGUUUGACUUUGACUUCAGCUUUGACCGUGACGUGAUUGCAGAUGCCGUGCGCUCCUUUGUGUACCCGACCGACCGCAACUGGGGCACUGCCACCGGCGCCGCCCUCAACUACAUCCGCAAGUACCUCCUCGUCCCCUCUGCCGGCAACCGUGACCCCGCCGACACGAUUGUCUACUUCAUCACCGACGGCAACUCCCAGGAGGCCCUCAGCUUUGUGCAGGACGCCGCAGACAACAUCCACGCCACGGGCGCUCGCGUCGUCGCAAUUGGCAUCACCGACGCCAUUGACCAGUCGCAGCUGGAGAUUAUCGCCUCCUCGCCGGAUGACGUGAUUAUUGUGGAGGACUUUGCUGACCUGGACGAGGUUGUGCGCGCCGAUGUGCUCAGCCGCGUGUGCUCUGGCCCAAUUGCCAGCACCACCACCCGCGUCUCGACCACCACCACUACACGCCCCGUCACCACGACAACCACCACCCGUCCAGUCACUACCACGACCACAAGGACCACCACCACCACGACUACCACUACCACUACCACUACCACUACCACUACCACUACCACAACCACGACGACGACGACGACGACCACCUCAACGACAUCGACCACCACCACCACAACCUCGAACAGCAACGUCGAGGGCUCCGUCACGACCACAACCACAACCACAACCACAACCACAACCACUUCGACGACGACGACCACCACAACCACAACUACCACGACCACGACGACGACGACGACGACGACGACGACGACGACAACCACCACCACCACUUCUCCAUUCUGCACAUUCCGGCAAACGGACGUGCUCUUCAUCCUGGACAACUCUGGGUCUGUUGGCCCAGACAACUUUGCUCUGGCGCAGGAGUUCGUCAUGGACCUUGUGGACCAGAUGACCAUCAGCUCUACUGCCAUCAACGUGGGCGCCUUCCUCUUCAACAGCCAGGUGCAGAUGCUCACCGCGUUCACGGACGACAAGACGGCCAUCCAGGCUGCCAUCUCCGGAUACAGCUACCCGCCAAGCAACACGGCCGGUACCGCCACGGGCGCGGCACUCAACUUUGCCGUUGACACGAUGCUGCAGUCUGGCGCUGGUUACCGCGGCGGCUCUGUGCUGGUGUACGUCAUCACGGACGGUCGCUCCCAGGAGGAUUCGAGCUUUGUUGCCAGUGCCGCUGCCAACCUGCACGCCACCGGCGCCGAGGUUGUCUCUGUCGGUAUCACCUCCUCUGUGGACGAGACGCAGCUGCGCACCAUUGCCACCAGCGACAGCAACGUGUUUGUGCUGGAGGACUUCUCCGACCUCAACGGCCAGCUUGGCGACACGCUCCUCGCCUUUAGCUGCGAGGACGCUGUCACCACCACCACCACCACCACUCGCGCAGCGUCCACCACCACGACGACGACCCGUGCUGAUACCACAACCACGACGGCACCGGGCACAACCACAACCACGCAGGCAACAACCACCACGUCCACAAGUGCCUCUGUGAGCUGCACUGUGCGUGUGUGCAACUGCCGCCCGGGCGCUGUUGAGGUGCAGACCACGGACGAGAACGGCUGCCCUUCAUGCCGCUGCGUUGCCGCGUAAGGCAUACAGCCCCGAGGCCUGUUCUCCCUCCCUCUACUAACACGCGAGUGUUUUCUUCCCCUCUUUUCUUUUAUCCCUUGAGCGUCUCUUUCUUGUUCAUCGUGUCUUCUCUCUUCUUCCCUGUCUCUGUCGGCGUGCUUAUUCUUGGUUGUGCACUACUGCUGCUGCUGCUCUGCUCAGUCCCUCGUUGUCAUGAUCUCCUUGUAUUUGCUCUCCGAAGCAUUGGGGAGAGUGAUAGGGUGUAUCGGGCAACUUUGAGCAUGCACACGGUUUCGUGUCUGUGUUUUGUGUUUGUCUUGUCCAUGUUCUUGCAUACCAACACAAAGAGAGAGCUGUCUUCAGAGCAAGUGCUCGCUCACACACGAGGCAUGAAACAUGAAUACACAGAAAGGUCUUCCAUCCACAAGAAAGCAAGCAAUUGGCGG